AUGGGCAUGGAUCAUUACCAGAUCAUUAAACAACUUGGUGGAACGACGGGAACUUACCUCGCAGUAGAUAAACAAGAUGGGGCGAAGAAAGUUGUGAUCAAACGAUUAAUGGAUGGUACGCAAGGUAUGCAAGAACUUAAUGUCUCGCUGCGUGUACGACACCCAAAUAUUAUAACUUUCCUGGAAUCUUUUGUACAUGAUGGUGGACUUUAUGUGGUGUUAGCCUAUGCAGAGGGUGGAGACCUAGAGGCCUAUCUUGAACGUCUCGCCAAGGAAAAGAAACCAAUGCCUCAAUUACAACUUCUUCGUGGAUUCAAACAACUCAUUGAAGCACUACAGUGUUGUCAUGAGCAAAAUAUUUUACACCGCGAUGUGAAACCGGGUAAUGUGUUCCUUAACGCUGAUGCAACGGUAAUGUAUCUUGGUGACUUUGGUUCCGCUAAAGCUCUCUUACGCUCCGUCUCAUUGACAACAACCUUUGUUGGCACUCCCAUUUGGAUUUCACCAGAAUUACUUACGGGAACAGCCUACAGUUUCCCUUCUGAUAUCUGGUCACUGGGAUGUGUAUUUUAUGAGAUGGCCGCUCUCAAACGACCCUUCUCACCAACUAGUUUUGCAAACCUCGUACAGCAAAUCACAUCUGGUGAUAUUGCUCCACUGCCUGCAACAGUGCCUGAGGAUAUUCGUAUGAUCAUUAUGUCAAUGCUUCAGACAGACCCGGGAAAACGGUCUACAUUGGAAAAAGCGCUUGAGAUGACAGAUAAGGCCAUCGAAGCUCGUAAUACUGUAGUGACGCAAGCGUCAGAAAAGCAAGUGGUGGAGAAAUCUCCUCCACCGCAUUUGCCUAAACGAGUGCUGGACGCAGCUUUAAAGAUAGAACAACAACAACAACAACAACAACAGCAACAGCAGCAGCAGCCAAAAGAACAAAAACCUAUACCAGUAGCAAAUGGAGCAGCGAAGGAGGUGAAAGUGGAGGUAGAACCGAUAGCACCUUUGGAAGGAGAAGUGCCAAAACUAUCUGAUUGGCUUCAUGCACGAAAUCAUGACAUGACGGUGAUUGAACGUUAUCUUGACAAGUUUCGACAAUCCGAUGAACAGGUGUUAGCAGCUACUUUGGGCUCAGUGAAGGAUAUUAAACGAGUGGAAGAUCAAAAUAUUCCAUCUCCUUCACCAGUACGCUUAUCGACCCCACCACCAUUGGUGCAACAGCAUGAAUCAAAAAUGAAACCAGGUGUAGUAUUUGAAGUACGUGUUGCGGCUUCCUCACCACAGCAACCAACAAAGGCUCAACCUUCACGCCGUCGUGUUAUUCCUAAAAAACUCAAUCAUCGAAAAAAUGAUGAAAAUGGUGGCAACCAUGUAAACAGGCAAGCGUCUCCUUUGGCCCGUGAACCCUCUGUUGCUCACAAUUUGGAUUGGAAUGGUAUACAGGCGUUUAGACGGCUAAAAAGUACACCUUCUGCUUUUCGCCACGUUUCGCCACACGCGCCUUCGCAACAACAACAACAACAACAACAACAACAACAUCAGCAUCAUCAUCAACAUCAACAACAUCAUGCACCUUCACAACAACAGGAAGAGGAACGGCAACAACAACGCGAAAAGAGAGAACAGGAACGAGCGAAGAUGCUUGAAAUGAUACGUGAGCAGAAGGCCAAGGCAAUGCAGGAACGCAAAGCAAAGGGCAAAAGUGAAGUUAGAGACGCAGUGGCUGUGGAAAUCGUUUUACCAGACAACAUCCGUUAUGUAGACGACGUCGCCCAGGGCAGACUGUGA